UGCAUUGCUGCAAUUCGAAUGCCUGCGAGACGUCUGAAGAUCGUCUGAACAGACAACUGACUGGUGACUGCACAUGAAUCAGCAAGUCGAGGAAGUCUGCCUCAUCCUGCAUAUGGCGUACUUCGACAGUCCGCGGCGCCUUUCAAGCCAGUAGUGUGCGUUUCGCUCUUCCGAGUCAAGUCGGGGAUAAGCGGCAAGCGGCGCCAUGGCCGCGCCGGCGACACCGAGGCCGUCCCUGAUCCUCCCGCGUGCCUCCUCGCACUCCCACUCCCAACCCAGCGCCGGCGGCCUCACCUCCGACCGCGUCACCGCCUCCAACCGCCGGCGCGGCGACUUUGUUUUCGUCGUCAACCCUUCCGGCGCCAAUGGCCGCACGGGCAAGCAGUGGAAGCAGCUGCUCCCGCACCUCCGCACUCGCCUCGCCGACCAGUGCAACAUUUGCGAGUGCAUCACUUCGGGCCCAUCCCACGCCAUAGAUGUCACAAGGGAGGCUAUAAAGGAUGGGGCUGAUGCCGUGAUUGCUGUUGGCGGCGAUGGUACGCUUCAUGAGGUGGUGAAUGGCUUCUUUUGGAAAGGAAGUCCAGUGCGUGCUCUUGAUCGAGGGCCUGACCAUUCAACGGCGCUUGGUCUUAUUCCACUCGGAACUGGCUCAGAUUUUGCAAGGACAUUUGGCUGGACUAAUGAUCCUCGUGACGCAAUUGAUCGGAUUGUGAGAGGAGUAAAAUCAAAACUAGACAUAGGCGUGAUGGAGAGUCCCAACAGAGAACCACACUUCUUUGUUAAUGUUGCUGACAUCCAUUUGAGUGCUAAGGCAGGCUAUUUUGCUUCUAUGUACAAGAGAUUUGGCAACUUAUGCUAUGUAUUUGGAGCUUUAAGAGCCUUUUGGGGACAUAAUAAUCGAGAUAUGAGAAUAAAGGUAACUGGGGGAGAAUGGAGAACUGUCCAUAAAGUCACCGCUCUAUGCAUAGGAAAUGCCAAGUACUUUGGUGGUGGUAUGAAGAUAACACCAACAGCCGAUCCUUUUAGCGGUAACCUUGAGGUUGUUAUUCUUCAACAUUUCAAAUGGUACGACUUUCUUCUGAAGCUACACAGGCUGUAUGGAGGCACGCAUCUGUCAGUGAAUGGUGUGUCGUCAAUAAGGGUUCAGUCUAUUGAAGUAGCAGAGGUGACGGCUAGCGGUGGCAUCUUUGUGCAAUCUGAUGGGGAGCAUUUCGGCUUUCUGCCAACCAAAUUUUCAGUUCUUCCUGGUGCAGUUGAUUUCUUCUGCUAGAUCGUCAUGGUCUUUCUUGCUGUUGGACUGACAGAAAGAUGCACGAUUCUAGGUUAGAUCACUGUUGCGAAAUGAUAUGGCAAUCUAGUUGCUCCAUUCAUCUCCUGCAGUACAUCCAACAAGUUGUGCCGUGGUGUAGCACUACAACAUGUAAGUACUAUACUAGCCGUAAAAUUUGGUGAGGGCAGGUGUGUACGAGUGUAUUUAACCAUUGGAUUAUUCUGUCAGCAAUGUAAAUUUGACAGCGACUUUCAGGCAGGCCUGUACCGUGUGGCAAUAAUUCUUGUUUGCCUGUGUCCCAACAACAACAGGGCCAUGAUUAGCUGUGCUCUAAGAAUAAGUUAAUGCACUCCCAACUUGCA